AUGGAAGAAGGUCUCCUCCAACAUGAGGAAAAUCCAAAUCAGAAUGUGAAUCAACAAAGUGACAGAACACAACUUACUCUUGCUGAAAAACGAGGUAUUGUUGAUGAAAUUCUAACACAACUUAAGGAGGAUGACACAAUGCAACGUGGUAUGCAAAGUAAGAUAGCAGCAAAAUUUGGGGUACACAAAUCAACUGUUUGCAGGUUAUUCAAUGAUGUAAUCAAGCAAAAACAGAGAGGGGAGCUGAUUGAUGUCAGGAAUAAAAAAUUGGGCAAAGUUGGUCCCAAAUUCAAGCACUACUCUGAAGAAUUUCGCCAGUCAUGGCCACUAAGGUUGAGAACCACAGAAAGAAGUUAUGCAGGUUACUUAAAAAUAUGUCAUGUAACAAUACACAGGCUGAAGAAAAGGGGGUUGCUCAGAACACACACUAGUUGUUACCACCCAAGGCUGACUGACAACCACAAGAUAGAAAGACUAAGAUGGGUGUUGGCACACCUCAGCCUUGCCACACAAACAGAAGAUCCAAUGUACAAUGACAUGGACCAUGUCAUUCACAUCGAUGAAAAGUGGUUCUACAUGAACCCAGAGACAAGAAGGUUUUACCUUCUGCCCAAUGAGGAAAACCCCUAUAGGUGUGAGCAGUCCAAAAGGUUUAAGAUUAAGGCCAUGUUCAUGGCCAUGGUAGGAAAGCCACAAUACAACACAAAUGGGCAAAUGAUCCAUGAUGGCAAGUAUGGAAUUUUUGGGUUUGUUCAUGAGCAAAGGGCAAAAGAAUCAAGCAAAAACAGACUAGCAGGAACUAUGGAAUUGAAAGCAUUGCAAUCUGUAACUAAGGAUGUGAUCAGAGAAAUGUUGAUCAACAAAGUCAUACCAGCCAUUGUAGAGAAAUGGCCAGCACACUUGUCUAAGGAAGUUGUCCUUCAAUGGGAUAAUGCUAGACCCCAUAAAAUUCCAACAGACCCUGAGUUUGUGGCAGCUUGUACACAAAAUGGAUUCAAAAUCCAAAUGGUGUACCAACCCCCACAAUCUCCAGACCUAAAUGUGCUGGAUUUAGGGUUGUUCACAUUUAUGCAAUCAAUUCAAUAUCAGGCAUUUCCCAAAAAUGUGGAGGAGUUAGUUAAAGCUGUGGAAGAUGCAUGCAACACAUUUGAUCCAACAUCAAACAAAUUCACAUGGGUCACAUUACAGUCUUGUAUGACUGAAAUUCUAAAAAGGAUGGGAGACAACAACUUUACUCCACCUCACAUGAAAAAGCAAAGACUGGAAAAAAUGGGAAUUUUGCCAAAGAGGCUCACUAUGAGCCCUAAGAUUGUGGCACAAGCUGUAAACCACCUUAAUGACAGGUUCAGACCAGUUAACCAGGGACAAGCAAAAGAAGAGGAUCAAAUGGAAGUAGAUGCUGAUUGA